AUGGGCCUUUCGGACUGCUUCUGCUUUCCGCGGCGAUGGUUUGGGCGCCAGACUCCAAGGCGACCUCGCAGCAGCCGGGCGGAGCAGACUCCGAGCUCCCGGGGGAGCGGAAAGUCCAAUCGAAUGAGCGUCAUCCGCCUGAACAAUACGAAGGCAUCAGAGCAGUCGAAGAGCAACGACAGCGUCUUCAGACUGGUGCUGGAUUCUGUCACGAACUCUGUCUCCGGAGGCCGGCGUAAGGACGAGCCUCUAGAGUCCAUGAGCAAAUGGAUGGAACGCACGGCCGACCCGCAGGUCGUUUCCAGGGAGGCCGUCGUGCUGGUGCUUGUCGGCCUUCCAGCACGCGGGAAAUCUUUCCUUUCCGGAGCGGUGGUGAGACAUCUGAAAUUGUUAGGUGUCCGGGUGCGGAGCUUCAACGCUGGGGAGCUCCGUCGUGAGAGUGGAAAGGCUGGAAUCGAGGCCAGCUUCUUCUCCGCCUCCAACGCAGAAGCAAAGCAGGAGCGAGAGCGGCUGGCUAUGCUCUGCUGUGAGCAGCUGCUUCAGUGGAUCCGCGCGGCGCCGGCUGGGACGUCCUCGAUUGGCAUCUUGGACGCCACGAACACCACAGUGGCACGACGCCAGCGAGUGCUGGAGACCUGCUAUGCUGCGGCUUGCCAGGCGAACGAGGACAACACGGAUGCCGCGCCCCUGCGUGUGAUCUUCCUUGAGUCCAUCUGCACCGACGAGCGCAUUCUCAAGGACAACUACCAGAUGAAGCUCUCCAACGAUGACUACAAGGGACAAGUACCGUAG